AUGGGUCAGCGGAACAAAGUUUUGGAGACAGAUACUCCUACUGCAAAAUUUCUCUACACAAUCAUCAAGCAAUUGGAUCUGAAGUCGGUCGAUUGGAAUCGAGUAGCUUCCGAUGUCGAAGUCUCCAAUGGUCAUGCUGCUCGUAUGAGGUAUUCCCGCUUCCGACAACAGAUGGAAGGAACUACAGGGGCAAACAAACCAAAGCGAAAGAGCAAGAAGGCAAAGACCAUGGAACCCCCUCCUCCUGAGAUGCAAGGGCUAUUCCCAAUGGCUCCACCACUCAUGAUGCCCACCAUUGAAUCUAUAGAUUCUUCUCUUUCAGGCAAUCCCUUUGUAAAGUGCGAGCCAGGCACUGAAGGCAACUCAAACUUACAGAGCCUUAUGCAACAUUCUCCGCAGUUCAUGUCGGAGACUAGCACCGAAGGACAGUAUUAUUUUCCUCAAGAUUUUACGUCGAUGCAGUUCCAACUGGCGUCAAGCAUACCAUCUAGGAUAUCAUCACCCAGCCCAACAUCCUCCUUUAUGAAUCCAUACCAGUUCUCUACCGCUUCAGCUGGUUACCCUUAUUCAUCAGCCAGCACUCAAUCCAGCUUUGACUUGCGGGAGUUUGACCAACUGCCUUCUUUUACCAAUUAUGCCCCAACCAUCAGCUGGGAACCACGCCCUCCUUCCCACCAGGAAGGCCAUACUGUAAAAGUCGAAGAAGAACAACAGACCGAGGAGGGGAUACCGAGUACAGGGAGUCAGGAAGAUCAGCCUGCUGUUAUCAAAGUUGAAAAUAUUCAAGACUGA